AUGGGCUGCUGCGUCAAAGAAGAUGAGAAGAUACUGAUUUAUGAGUUCAUGCCAAACAGAAGCUUGGACACUCUUCUAUUUGAUCCAGUGCGGAGACCUGAGCUUGAUUGGGGCAGACGCUUCAAUAUUAUUCAGGGUAUUGCUAGAGGGCUUCUUUAUCUCCACCAUGAGUCUUAUUUGAAAGUAAUUCAUAGAGAUUUGAAGAAGGUUGUAAGGUCUGCAAUCCGUGUGGCAUGCGUUGUUUUGGAGACCAUGGCACUCAACCAUUCGAAUGUGCGGUGGUAUGUUUUUGGGGACGAUGACAUGGUUUUCUUUCCGGAAAAUUUGGUGAAGACACUUUCUAAGUAUGAUCAUAGGCUGUGGUACUACAUUGGGACAAACUCAGAGAUCUAUGAGCAGAACAGAAUUUUUGGAUUUGGAAUGGCUUAUGGUGGUGCUGGUUUCGCUAUAAGUUCCCCUUUGGCAAAAGUAUUGGCAAAGGUGUUUGAUUCAUGUAUAGAAAGAUAUCCUCAUCUAUAUGGAAGUGACUCCAGGAUCUCCUCUUGCUUGGCAGAGCUUGGCAUUGGCUUAACUCAGGAGCCUGGCUUCCAUCAGAAUGAUAUUCAUGGAGAUACAUUUGGUCUGUUGGCUGCGCAUCCAUUAACACCCUUGGUAUCUCUGCGUCACUUGGAUCACAUAAACCCUGUCUUCCCCAACAUGACAACUAUCAAGGCUCUGCGACAUUUGUUUAAGGCUGUGAAUGCUGAUUGUCAGAGGGUUCUACAAAAAACAGUUUGCUAUGACAGAUGGUUUUCAUUGACCAUAGUCUUGUCAUGGGGUUAUGCUGUUCAAAUUCAUGGAAACCAUAUCUUUCUGCCGGACGUCCUCCCCGUGCAAGAGACGUUCAGCCAGUGGAAAAAGGGAAUACGUGAAUUUUAUGUGUAUUAUUGA